GCUGGAACAAAGUUCUGACAAGAUGCACAGUGCGAAAAGUAAAUCACUGAUAUUUAUUGGACUGCUUUUCAGCUGCCUAGAAGUGAUCUUUUCAGCUAACACAGGUUUCUCUAUGUCUAUAUAUGAUGUGACAUCACAAAGCAUCUAUCUCAGAUGGCCCAAGUUUUCAGGAGCCUCCUCUUAUAGAGUCACAGCUACAGCUGUGAAUACUGUAGGCCAUUCGUUACUGGCUCAUUUUAGUGAUGUUACUCUUAAAGGAACUCUAACUUCAUUAAUUCCCAAUACUAUUUAUGCUAUACAAGCAGAAGCCAUUGACAAGAAUGGAAUUAUUCUUGCAGAAACACAUAUUAUGCAGUCAACAGCUCCAGACAUACCCGUUAUUGACCAAGCUUAUUCAAAACUUAGCAACAGUAUCACAGUGGAAUGGAAAGCAGUACCUGGGGCUACUAGUUACCUGCUGACUGCGCAAGACGGAGAUUCCUUCAUUGAAACUGUAGUUGAAAGUUCUCCGGGCACAGUGUCGGGACUGAAACCUGCCACCUUGUACAGAAUCACUGUCAGAUCCAUAAAUUCAGGAGGAAGAAGCCAGCCUUCACCUUUCAGAAAAGCAAAAACAGUCCUGGCUGCUCCAAUUCUGUCUGUUAGUUCUCCAAGUUGUGACUCCAUUGCAGUGAGCUGGAAAGCUGUGUAUAUGGCAGCUGGAUUCUCCGUGUCCCUCAUGAGAUCCGAUGGUUUGGGCAGAAUGCUGAAGGAGAACACCACCAAUACCUCCUUGAUAUUCACAAAUCUAGAUCCUGGAACUCUCUAUACUAUCAAGGCGUAUGCCUGGAAUGUCAAUGGGAUACCUGGAGAUGAUUUCACAAGUAACCAAAGAACAAGUCCUAAUGCACCAGCGGAUGUUCAAGUAGCUUUUAAUAGUGGUGCUUUAAGAGCUAUUGUUUCUUGGAUGCCAACAGAAGGAGCUCUAACUUACAGUGUGACAGCCUCCAGUGGACUCAUGAAACUGAAGUGUAAUACACCUUCUGCCUCCUGCAUGGUGCCAUCACUCCAGUGCGGCUCCGAAUAUUACAUUUCUGUCACAGCAUACAACGAUGCUGGAUCCAGUAAACCUACUGAUGCAGUAAGCUUAAAAACUAUUCCUUGUGCACCAGUAAAUAUAUCAGUCGAAGAGGAUGAACCUGGCCACUUGUUGGUAUCAUGGUCUAGUGUAAAUUUUGGUCGUUAUUACGUGGUUUUUGUGAAGAGUGAUGAUGGCUUGGAAGUGCACUGCAACACAUCACAUACCCAAUGCCAUUUCCAGUCGGACUGUGGCUUCACUUAUUUCAUUAGUGUCUUUGCAUAUAACAAGGCAGGGCAGAGUCCUUUAGGUGACAUAUUCAAUUACAGUACUGCACCUUGCUGCCCCAGGGACUUUCGGGCCGUGUUCGUGUCGAGCGACACGGUGCAGGUCACCUGGGCUCCUGUCCGAGGGGCUGAAAUGUACGAGACGAGGGCUGUUGGCAAGAGCGGCGCGGUGCUCUGCAACGACACUGCCACGGUGUGCACCUUGUCGGCUCUGCAGUGUGACACCCAGUAUAACGUCACGGUUUAUUCUUUCAGCGAGGCCAGGGGCAGCAACACGUCGUGUGCAUCCAAGUACGUGGCAACAGCUCCCUGCAGUCCUGAAAUUAAAAAUAUCUCAAAGGAGGCUCUUUCUGUAAUCAGUGUGCACUGGCAAUCUGACAAUGAAGAAGCCACAUAUAUUGUCACUGCCAGAGGAGAGGCUGGAUUUUGGCAUUGCACAAGUUCUGGAAAUUCCUGUACCCUGAUUAAUCUUCCCUGUGGAUCUGCCUUCUCUGUUAGUGCUAUAGCAAGAUCACCAGCAGGACAGAGUUUACCAAGCUACAGUGUCCCUUUAGAGACAGCUCCUUGUUGCCCUAAUGACCUGAUACUAACUCAAGUGACACAGUCUGUAACAAAUAUCAGCUGGUCUGUUGGGAUGGGUGCACAGACAUAUGUAACAACAUUGGAGUCUCCAAAAGGACAGGCAAAGUGUCACACUCUUCAAAAUUACUGUCUCCUGGGAUGUAUCACAUGUGGCACCAACUAUACAGUCUCUCUGAAAGCAAUCAGUGAAACGGGUUUGACAUCCAGAUGCACGUAUCAAGGAUAUUCUUCCAGUGCUUGCUGCCCUUCUGGGGUGAAGCUAUAUAGACUCGGCAAUAACAGUAUCAGGGUAUACUGGCGAGCUUCAGAUGAAACGAUAAACUACACCACUGAUUUACAUGGCUCGAAAGGCAAUUUCACCUGUACCCCUAGCCCAGGUCUAAGUCAAUGUGAUAUCACUGAAAUACCCUGUGGGGAUGUCUACACAGUGGUAGUAUCUCCAGUUACUGAUAAGGGGCUGAAGUUCACAUUUUGCCCUAAAAAAAUAUAUUCAGUAACCUGUUCUGGAAGCUCUCUUGGAAUGGUGAUUUAUAGAGGGAAGAGCAAUCCAGAACAACUUAUCUAGAUGAAAAUGCUGGUUCAGAUAAAGAGCACACAGUUGUACUGGGUAUCUCAGUCACUGCUUCUGAGCACUUGCACAUCUCAUUCUUCAAUAAUUUGGCGGUAGAUGGCUCAAGAACUACAUGUUGCUUCUUAGAACAUGAUCUGCAUCUAUUCACUGUCAAACAAGUCUUUCUUUUGGAAACAUCAUUUAAAAGUGCCCUGAAUUUUUUAAUAGAAGUUGGUUCUAUUUCUCACUUGGAAAAAAAAGAAAUUAGUUAUGUAAAAAUAAAUAUUGUUCCCAACUUUCGAGUGUUUUGUUUGUUUUUUAGUUUGCAGUUAUAGUUGUCAAACACUGUCACUAAAGCCCAGGUGUUUUAACCAGGUGGCUAUUAACUGGAUUUUCAGAUGCUUAAAGCAAUCAGUUUCUUUUGGAUUCAAAUUCAAGCCACAGCUUUCUUCUUUUCAUAUAAACAAUUCUAAUAUUUCCAUGUCCUAACAGUAACUAUUGUCCUUUAAGCAAUUAUAAACUGUUUGUGUAUUUUUUCUCACUUCUUCCUGGCACACAGACAUUGACAUCUCAAAACUACACACUACUGCCUUGACAUAGUACUAUUUUCAUCAGCUCUUCACAUUUUCAUGAAUGAAUAAGUGUAAUUGUAAUAGAAUUAUUUUCAUGUCUGUUUAAAAAAAGGCAAAAAGCUACAAGGAUUCCAAAACACAUUGAUUCAGCUAAAAAAAAGUAGUUAGAAGAUGUAGACAAUUUACCAUAACAGGGAAGAAAAGCAGCACAACUAGGGACAGAUCCACACCUCCUACUGUGGCUGUAUGUUGCAGGCCUUGUUACUUGGGCAUUAAUGUUGUCUAAUAAUAAUUAACACUGCUGGUAUGUGAAACAUCACUGGCACUUACUGACAAGAUUAAAAACCUUUAGUCAGGAUCAGUUUCAGGUUCCCUCCAGAUUGAAGCAAAUGCGUUUUUAUGGGUCACACUGACUUGUUUUUAACAUCAUAGGACGGGACAAUUUAAUGUAAUGUUUUCAUAGAUGUAGUUUCUCUAAGAUUUACUAGUAUAGCUCUGGUCUUCAUGAAGCAAAAAUAGCAAGCAAUCAAAAAACCCCAAAUAAAGCCAAAAUAACAACAAGACAGACAAAAAAGCAACCCAACACCACAAACUACUUAAAAACUUGAGAAUCAAAAAAAUUCCUGUUGAAGACCAUGGGGUAAGUGGCAUAAUGGUAUGCUAAGUAAAAUGAAUGCUUUCAGAACAGUUUCUGUGAAAUCCCUUACACUAACAGAUUAUGUGAUUAAAAACACCUGUUACUUCGUGAUAAAUGCCUCCAUUAAUGCUUAAUAAAAAAAUCAAUUUUAAAGAUAUAUUUGUUGCAAUUACACAAAGAUGAGCAACUGCAAAAAAAAAAAAAAGUUCUUAUUGCUACAAAUACAAAUGAUUUAUAAUUGUAUUUGACACAGAAGUUAACAGCUCAAAACUUAGGUAGGCUGUUUUCAGUCCAGUAAAGAAACUGGCAAAAAGCUGUCCUUCAGUUGUUUUCAGAUUUGACCCAAAAUAGUUGAGAUUUAAUAAGUGUUCUUCCACAUCUGACUAUUGGUGGGGAAGAGUAAAAAUAAAAAGGCAACUAAAUUGCAAAACCUCAAGAGUGGCAUUUAAAUUCUGUUUUACCCUGCUUACUAGCUGGCAGACAUCUCCUGUAUGUAGUUAUGUGCACUUCAUAGCAGUGCAGAAAGUGCUCAACCAUCUACCAAAGCCAGCAGAAGUCAUCUAAUCCUUUCAGGUUCCCCUUAAGAGAUCCUGGCUAUUUGUAUACUGUUUUUGUCAGUACAGUAAUAGUCAGCUCUAAAUACUGAAGGUGUGAGCUCAUUCAUGUUUCUUCAACAUAAAAAGUAGAUAAAAAAAAAAGGGUAUGCAUGGUGUAGUAAGUAUCCCCCUCCCCCCCCAACAUGAUCAGAUAAAUUGCCCUGCCAUUCAAGUUACCUUUUUCAAUACAGACAGUCAAAAUACCACUUCUAUUACGUUUACAAGUCAGACACAUGAAAGCCUGUCUGUACUGACACUAAUGACCUGCGUAAUUAUGUGGCAGUAAGUAGAUGUGAGUCUCUGGGGCCAAAUCCCUGCCUUAAAACAAAAGAACAACAGUUUGUGACUUCUGAAAUGUUGUUCAACUGAUCAAGCAGCAUCUUCAAAAGUAGAGGUGUAUUUCUCAAAUUAGUUGUAUUAGUCCAGAUAAGUAAGUAUUGUUGGAACCACAGGAAAUUUCAAAGACAGAUGAGGCUUUCUGAGAGGAAUGACUAUCCCAGCUGGGUAACUAGGGCCACAUGGCAUCCUGCAGAAACUUCUGGUUCAUAGUGCUUGGUUCGCUGUGCCUUUACCCCUGAGAAAUGAAGGGUCACUGCACAGCCUGUCUGACAGAAGCUCUGCAACCACAUCUCCUUGGCAAACCCGCACAAUACCUCCAAUUACAAGUGGCAGGAACUGUCUUCUAAUGAUCCCGAGCCAAAUGCCAACUGCCACUGCCCUGCUAGCGACCCAUCAGACCAGUGAGCAUGGGAAGUUCUGCUGAUCUUACCACUUCUCAUCAGAGGUGCUUUGUAGAAGUUCCGUAGAUCUGCUCCUUUAAGAAAGCUCACAUGAAAUAAAAUGGCAUCAGGAAUUAGAGACCCUGCAUUCAAGCUCAAGAGCUACAAGAUACUAAAUCCCAAUGGUAACUUAAGAUGGGUAUCUUGGUUUAAAUAAUUUUCAUAGCUCUUGGUAAGUCAUGGAUAUUGUGCUAUCCAUUAUACUGCUAGCUCGAGUACAUAAUAUGGAUCAAAUUAAAACCAAAAGUCAGAAAGGGCUACUGAUAAAUAAAAGUGAAGUCCUCAAAUUACUACACUUGUAAGAACUACUGGCAUGAGCUAGUCUUUGCACAAGCUGUAUCAAAAUGUUCAUUAUCACUGUAAGAGCGUUGUUCCCAAUUUCAGGUCAAAGACUGUUUCUCAAAUAUCAUAAUUUUGCCUGCAAAUAAACCAUUCUUUCACCCUAUUUCCCAACAGCAAAGGAAGAGCCCUGACAGAACAAGUAGAAAUCAGUAAUCCAUUUUCCCUGACAAAACUGGCCUUGCAGCCUUUCUGCCCAAGAACAUACUCAUUUCAGAAACUCAUAGGCUGAAGGUUAAAAACUAAUGAGGCCAUAAGAUGCUUUCUAGUGGCAAAUAAGGUAAAUUACAGUUGUCCUCAUUGUUUAGACAGGAUCCAUGCAAUCCCCUGAUAGACUGCAAAGACAGUUCUAACAAUCUACUAGCCAGGGCAUUUCUUAAACAGCCAAAACUUUCUUUCCUCCCAUAUUAAAUGACAACUCAGUAUUUUAGUUGUACACUGCAAUGGAAUAAACUUGCUGAAGCUUAAUCUUGUUUCAAGCUCAGAUUUAAAAUCAGGUAACAAAUAUAAGCAGACAAUACCUGAAAAACCUCAGUAUUGAAAUAUUUCAAAUACUAAGGAUCACAGUGACAAAGGAAAGACUAACAAUUCAGAAAACAGUAAGAGCAGGGGGGAAGAAAAAAAAUUGAGUUUGUCAUUUCUGCUUUAUUGAGAGCUAUGGAUUGAAGUGUGUUGUUAGAAAUUCAAGCACUGUUUGUUUUCUCCCAGAGGUUUAAAAAAAAUCCUAAUUUUUAAGUAUCAUGCCUAGAUAACCUGCAUCACACAGAAGCAAAAAAAGGCACAAAUAUGAAUUUAUUUCUACCUUCAGGGCACUUCAUGACGACGAGUGAGUCACACUUAAUGUUCUUCCUACUUUUGGGCUGCUGCAUUUCUUUGUUAGCUGCCUCAUCCUUAUGAGGUACUUAUUACAUAAAAGCCUUAUUCACACCAAGUGUCACUUGGUCUGAAAAUGAAACAUGAAGGAACCCAAACAUUCUUCAACUGGCAAUGAACAUGCAGGGAAACGGUGACACCCAAUACAAAGGAAUUAAUUGAGAGUUUAUUCCAGAUGGUUCUCCUCACUUAGUAUACAAGUCAUCAGAAUCAUCUAUCAAAUAGACUUGGACUUUAAUGAUAUGAUUUUUUUCUAUAAUGCAUUUUGGUUUUUGCUUCUAACAACCUGUUUAAAAAAAAAUCUGCCACGAGAUGUUCAGCACAAACUGCAAUCCUUACUAUUUGUAGAAAAUAUGACUUAAAAAAGGACACUAUCAGGUAAUUCUUAUUUUAAAUGUUUACACUUAUAAAAAUGCUUUGGAAGCUUGAAACUGAAAUCCUUUGUAAUAUUUUUCUUCUUCCUACCUCCCUCUUUCCAUCUUAAAUGCCUUUAUUAGCCCAGGAUUAUCGUAAAUGACAGAGUGCAGCUGCUGAUUAAAAACACUAGAGGACCACAAAUGGAUAAAUUGUGUUUAAAAAAAAAAAUUAAGCUUAUAUGGGUUUUUCUUUGAACAAAUAGAAUGCAUAGAUGGCUAUAGUACUUAUCCGUCAACCUUUGCAGUGCCCACUUGAGGUAGCCUUCCUGAAGAAUUACUAAACAAGGCCCAACAUCAUCUAAAUCUUUGCAUCAAAUCCACUAUCUCCUUGAAAGUCUACUCUCAAUUUAACACCAGUGGUGAUCAACAACAUAAUACAUUUUAAAAGCUUCUGAAAAAACAGUAGGUACAGUGGACAUAAACGUUAGUUCUAAAUCUGCAGCCCUCAAUGUACACUGUAUGCACAUAAAUAUCUCGGCUAUAAUACACAUUCAAGAUCCAUCCCUAAAAACCAUACUAUUCUGUAAAGCACAGCCAUGCUAACUUCAGGAUACAAACCAUAAUUCCACGUCUACAAAAUGAAAGUAGAAUUAGUGGCAGUUUAUUGCCUCAUACAAAUUUAACCAACAUGGCAACCAUGCCAAAGGAAUUAAAACAUUUUCAGGACGUAUGUACAGACUGUACAUUUCAGAAACUUCUGAACAAUAAAAAUGCAAAAACAAUCUCUGCAUUACGAAUUAAACUAAACAAAUGGUUUGAAACCGUCAAUGCAUUGAAUGGGUUUACAAAGGCACUUCCCUACCCAAAAUAGGAAAUGACAAUCUGCAGCCUAGAGGGAGGUUGGAGAAGAGUGCUCAUCAACUACUGCACAAU